AUGGCAGAGAGAGACUCCAAGAGUUCGUGCACACCGUUGAAGAACCCGACAGAGGCCCGCGCAUUCCAAUCCCAUAUCUCAUCCCACUACCGGCGAUGGAAGAGGAUCAGCCGAGACAUCGCCAGGCUGUAUGAGACGUCGCGGACAGCUUCAUGGCACCCAGCCCCCGAGGAAAGCCUCGUCAACGAGCAUCAUCACACUUCCGUGCUCCGAAAGACCCCGGGCAUAGCCGAUACCCACAAACAGGAGCUCAUAGAUGACGGCGAGGAGAGAACACUUGCGGCCGCCCUACAACGACACGGCAAUUCUCUUUCCUUGUUGAUGCGCGUGCCUAAGAAUGGCCUCCGCCAUGACCCUUUCAGGUCCCUGCCUAUCCCUGCGGACGGCUGUGUUCCUCUGACUAUCGACUACUUUCUCCACGAAUGGGCACCAGAGUACGAUAUUGAUUAUGCCUCGACUGGCCACGGUUGCCCUCACAAAAGCCUGGUGUUUCCUUUGGCCAUGGAUCAUGCUGUUCUGCUCGAAAGCCUGGUGGCCAUGUGCCGCGUCUUCUGGCUCAUCGCACGAGACAUCACCUGGCACACCGACGCCGAAUACAUCAAACACCAGGGCCGAGCAUUGGCUCUGGUCCAGGCCAAAUUGAGCUCUGAGGCCUUUGCGGACAAUGCGACGCUGCUCGCCAUCGUCUGCUUAACGAGCAUAGAGGUACGGUACCCGCGCUCUUGA